ACUUCUCUUCCAAUAUCACCGGAGUUGAAUCGAGUGACUCUUCACCUGCACCAGCAGUUCAAGAACAAGACUUCGCAACUAGUGUAUCAGUGCAACCUCAAGACUCUCUGAGUAACGGUAUUGGCCGCGUCUGUAGUUCGAGUUCUGGUACGGCAAUUGUAAUGGGUGUGUCCGAAGAAACUGAAAAGGGAGAAGAGGAACUGUCGGCAGUUGAUUCACCUCCGUCAGUGCUGAUGGGGGAGUGUGGGGAUGAAAAUGGUCCGGGUGGUAAAACAGCUCUAAUUAUGGAGCCCGGAAGUACGGGGUCCGGCUCUGCCCUCGAUCCAGUCGGAAGCAGUAAUGCUUCGGAAAAUAACAGUGAGGGAGAACUGGAUGACUUCGCGCCCAAGAGGAAACAAAGGCGCUACCGCACUACUUUCACCAGUUUCCAAUUAGAGGAAUUGGAGAAGGCGUUUGCUCGUACACACUACCCCGAUGUUUUCACGAGAGAGGAGUUGGCGAUGAAAAUCGGCCUGACUGAAGCUCGUAUUCAGGUGUGGUUCCAGAAUAGGCGAGCCAAAUGGCGGAAACAGGAAAAGGUCGGCCCACAGGGACACCCUUACAACCCUUACAUGAGUUCAGGAGGAGCAGCACCACCCUCUGCAGUUGUAGCGCCCUCUUUGCCGAACCCAUUUUCGCAUCUCGGUUUCAGUCUGCGGAAACCGUUCGAAGGCACGAAUCCCGCAGGACUUGCUGCUGCCUUCCGCGUGGGUGGCGGAUACCCACCGCUGCCACCGGGCCACGUGUUGCCUGGGAGCUACCUCAGUCACCACCCAACACCACAUCAUUUCCCGAGCCCCCACCACCGAGGGGCGCCGCCACCACUUCUUCCUCCCAGUCUCGGUCACCUCACGUAUAGUUCAGCUGCAGCUGCCAGCUCCUUUCAGUCUCUCCUCGCCAACAUAUCGGCAGCACAACGCCCCAAGUUGCCGGGUUCGAGCCCUGUUGGAGACGACUAUCAGCAUGCUGCUGCUUUGCUGGCCGCAGCGACCGCCACAGCCAUGGCACCGCCGGGCAGUCCGGUCCCCCCUUCAGGAGCCCCAGGUCCAGCACCGGAUCUCGACAGAAGGAGUUCGAGCAUUGCGGCGCUGAGGUUGAAGGCGAGGGAACAUGAGCUCCGGCUGGAGCUGCUGCGAAAGAACGGAGACCUGAUCAGCUGAGGACGCCGGCAGACUCUCGAGUAGUCAAGUGUUUAGUGCCUUCUCAGCUGAACAUUGUAUCAUAUCUUCUAUCGGAAAUGUCAGUCUUAUGUAACGCAUAUUAACCUCAGUAAUGUGAGAGGAAGUGAACAGAACAGUUAAUAAUAAUUAUCAGUAUGUCUCAA